AGCAUUUCAAUUGUCGGUCUCUUGGUGUUUGGUUUCCAUUUUUCAGCUCGUCCAGGACUAUCUUUAUCUCCGUAGUAGUGAUACACGUGCCUAAGAGCAGCAUAGUUGGCCUCCCUUGACUCGCUGUCGGAUAUAUCGGGAUAUACUAUCCUUCACAAUGGUUUUCACCCCUCCGGCAUGGGUGCCAAAGCUUCCUUUCGAUCCUCCUGACACUGUUCCUAUCAGUCAAUUCAUGCUAGACGAUGCCUACGGAAGAUGCCCUCAGAAAGAAUCAAAAAAUCCAUUUACAUGCGGUAUCUCUGGCAGGACGUAUACUGGGCUGGAGAUGGUGGAGAGAGUCGAUCAUCUGGCACGAGCUCUGUCGAAAGAGUUUGGAUGGCAUCCAAAUAAAGGCACGGAAUGGGACAAAGUUAUUGGGAUAUUUGCGCUGAACACGGUGGAUUCCAUGACAUUGGCGUAUGCCGUGCAUCGGCUUUCUGGAAUUGCCUCUCCAGCAAACGCGGCAUAUUCUGCUGCUGAGCUAGAAUUCCAGCUUAAGGACUCUGGCGCAAAGGCUAUUUUUACAUGUAUUCCACUUCUGGAAACAGCUUUGCAAGCAGCAAAAAAUACCGGUAUCCCCAGAGAGCGAAUUUUCAUCUUGGAGAUGCCUAAAGAGUUCUCUGGGGAUAAACCCGUUCCAUUCAGGACGGUUGGACAGUUGAUUGAGGCUGGUCAGAAGCUGCCGGAAUUGGAAGCUUUGCAAUGGAAGAAGGGACAAGGUGCAAGGCAAACUGCAUACCUAUGCUAUUCAAGUGGAACAUCAGGUUUACCGAAAGGCGUCAUGAUUAGCCAUCGCAAUGUUAUCUCAAAUGUUAUGCAAAUCACGGCCUAUGAGAAGCCUGUACGAGAUCUGAGGCCUGCCGCUGAGAGGUCAGAGGUGGCUUUGGGCCUGUUACCACUAAGUCACAUCUACGGCUUAGUAGUUAUUGCCCAAGCCAGCACUUAUCGGGGUGACGGAGUCAUCAUUCUACCAAAAUUUGAGCUCCGAUCCUAUCUCAGAGCUAUUGAAGUCAACAAAAUCAGGGCGCUGUACCUGGUUCCUCCGAUUAUUAUCCAAAUGACCAAGAACCAAGGAGUGUGCUCAAAAUUUGAUCUCUCUAGUGUGCGGUCAGUGUUUACCGGAGCAGCACCACUUGGGGCCGAGACUGCUCAGGAUCUACAAAAGAUCUAUCCACAUUGGAAAAUUCGUCAAGGUUACGGCUUGACGGAAACCUGUACGGUGGUAGUUUCUAGCUCAGAAGAUGACAUUUGGUUGGGAUCCAGUGGAUCUCUCCUCCCCGGUUACAGCGCAAAGAUCAUGUCCCUCGACGGCGUCGAAAUCACAGGCUACGACCAACCAGGAGAACUGGUUGUCCAAUCACCAUCCGUCGUGUUAGGAUACCUCAGAAACGAUAAAGCCAACAAAGAAACGUUCCUAGAUGACACUGAUGGCAAGGGUAGAUGGAUGCGAACUGGUGAUGAGGCCGUGUUUCGCAAGGCUCCUUCUGGGAACGAGCAUCUGUUUAUCGUUGAUCGGAUUAAGGAGCUAAUUAAAGUCAAGGGUCUCCAAGUCGCACCCGCCGAGCUCGAAGCUCAUCUCCUCACUCACCCCGCAGUUGCAGACUGCGCUGUCAUCCCGGUACCCGACGACGCGGCAGGUGAACUUCCAAAAGCCUACGUGGUAAAAUCAUCGUCUGUCGGUCUGGAAGAAAAUGACCGCAUGGUUGCAAGAGAUAUAGCCAAGUAUGUCGAGAAACACAAGGCCCACCAUAAAUGGUUGAAAGGUGGCGUUGAAUUUAUAGAUGUUAUUCCUAAGAGUCCUAGUGGGAAGAUUUUACGAAGACUUCUGAGAGAUAAGGAUAGGGAAGCUAGAAGGAAGACGAAUCCUCACGAUGGGGAGGAAGAGGCAGCAAUGCUAGAUCCCAACGAAGCCGGCGAGGAGAUCAUAGACGAUGGGGACGCAGCCAUGGACUCCGGUUCUGAUUACGAAGGCGAAGGCGGCGACGACGAGAUCAUGCAAGAAGUGCAACUGCAAAAUGAUUCCGCGGCCUACUUCGACCAACACAAAGACAGCAUCUUCUGCAUAGCCCAACACCCUCUCUACCCAAACAUAGUAGCAACAGGUGGCAGCGAAGGUGAGGAUGCUGGCGGAAUCGGCUACAUUUUCGAUUCCACACCCGAAGAUCGCCCCGUUCUGCCAGCUUCAUAUCAGAGUGCCCCGCAGGAGGGCGGGGAACGCAAAGGGCAGGUAGCACUUUUUACUCUGGAUGGGCACACGGAUUCGAUCAGCGGACUCGCGUUCACGUUGCCGAAGGGUGAAUUUCUGGUCUCAGGUGGCCUGGAUGGCAAACUGCGCGCCUGGGCCUCGAACGGGCAGACGUGGAAAUUCCUAGCUGAGGCGCAGGAAGUCGAGGAGAUCAACUGGGUCAUCGCAUGUCCGAACUCCGCAUACCCGAAUACCUUCGCGCUGGGUGCGAAUGACGGCUCGGUCUGGGUCUACACAAUCGAUGGGUCGUCCGCGGACGCGCCCUUGCAGAUCGUGCAGUCGUAUUUCCUACAUACCGAGUCCUGCACCGCGGGAGCGUGGUCCGCGGACGGGAAGCUCCUGGCGACGGUGAGCGAGGACAGCAGUCUGUACGUCUAUGAUGUGUUCGGGGAGGCGGCCGCGGCGGGUCUUACACAGGGAGAUGGCGGACAAACAGUGGUAGGACUCACAUCUUUGGAUCAGCGAUUUGCGGUCGAGGGAGGACUGUUCAGCGUUGCGAUUGCGCCUUCGGGUGCGUUCGUCGUGGUUGGUGGAGCGGGAGGUGCGAUUAAAGUCGUUGGUCUACCGCGAUUAAGCACAGAAGCUUCAGGCGCUGCGCCAGCGGGUAGAGCAGGGGCGGGAGCAGCUUCGAAGGCGAAAGGUGGCAAGCAAGCUGGGGGGAAGGCAUCUGGGGGUGGAGCCUCUGCAGGACAGGCGGGGCAGAUCCUGGCAGAUCUUCAGGCACAGGGUGAUGGUAUCGAGACGCUUGCAUUCGCUCCCCUGCCAUUGACGCUCUUGGCGGCGGGCAGUGUGGAUGGAAGUAUUGCGCUCUACGACUCGGCGCACAGAUUUGCGGUCCGGAGGCACAUCAAGGAAGCACAUGAAGAUUUCAGCGUGGUCAAGGUUGAGUUCGUCAAGAACGCGAGGACCGGCGGCUGGCUCCUGACGAGCUGUGGCAUGGAUGGAGUCGUCAGGAGAUGGGAUACGCGGGGUGGGACAUCGGCGGCCAACUCGGGAUUCCUGAGGGAGUGGAAGGGCCACAGAGGGGAUGGAGAAGGGGGUGGUGUGUUGGGAUUUGUGCAGGGUGAUGGCGAGAGGAUCGUCACUGCUGGUGAUGAUGGCAUUUCAUUGGUUUUCGAAGCACCUCUUGCUUAG